AUGAAUGGAUUUCUUUACAAUCUACCGCUACUCCUAGGAAAGCAAUUAAAGAUAUUGAAAGUGCGUUAUAGGAAAAAUAAGUUGCUUCGUGGGAGACUUUGGUUUGGUGUUGGACCCCUUGAACGUGGUCUUGAGCUUAGUAUCUAUAGGGGGAGUCUUGGAGGGCCAAUCGAGGCUGAAAAGAUCUGCCUGGUGGCUGAAAAGAUCUGCAUGGUGGAGUCUGAUUGGGGCAAGUGGGUAGUCAAAUCGGCAUUUGGGAUCGUGAAGCAUGGUGGUGUGACCCCCAUAAAUCUCCGCAAAUCUCGGCCACCGCCCUGA